AACUUAACCAAACUUAUGCCAGGCGCCCGGCUUGGUAUUUUACUUUCGUUUCGGAACCCUGUAGCCCAACUGCGCGAGUGUGUGCCUGUCUCAGAGAGAGUGAGGGAUAUGUCACAGAAGGAAGAGGAGGGCGUCCUCCUUUACUACAAAUUCGUUUCUGUCCCGGACACGCAGGAGCUCGUUAGCUUUUACGAUUUGAACUGCCGAUCACUCGGUCUUCUUGGUCGAGUUCGUAUCGCUUCAGAUGGCGUCAAUGUCACGGUUGGUGGAAAAUUAUCCUCACUAGAGAAACAUAUUGCUGUUCUAAAGUCAAAUAACUUAUUUGAAGGAACUGACUUCAAGCUUGCAUCUUGCCAUUGCCCUUCAAAUGAAAUAAUCGCUGAAGAAUGUGGAUUCACCUCACUCUCUAUUCGAGUUGUCAAGGAACUAGUUACAUUUUCUUCUCAUCCUCUAUUGAAGUCACCUCAUAUUUCUAAUGCUGGCAAACAUCUCUCAGCAGUUGGGUUUCAUUCUGUUCUUCAGAGUGGUGGUACAGUUUUGGAGAACGAGGAUUCUACUCAGAAUAGAAAACUCAUUUUGUUGGAUGCAAGGAAUCUGUAUGAGACAAGAAUUGGGAAGUUUCAGACCCCAAAUGUGCAGACUUUGGAUCCGGAGAUCAGGCAAUAUAGUGAUCUUCCUGCCUGGAUAGAUAAUCAUUCUGAACAAUUGCAAGGAAACUGCGUGCUCAUGUAUUGCACUGGAGGAAUAAGAUGCGAGAUGGCUUCAUCAUAUAUUAGGUCAAAAGGUGCUGGUUUUGAGCAUGUGUACCAACUUUUUGGUGGAAUACAACGGUAUUUGGAACAAUUUCCGGAUGGUGGUUUCUUCAAAGGAAAGAAUUUUGUUUUUGAUCACAGAAUUUCUGUUGGAACCUCCGCCCGUGACAUUGUUGGAUCCUGCCUGCUCUGUGGUUGUGCAUUCGAUGAUUAUUCUUCAAGAAGCCGAUGCACUUAUUGUCGGAUGCUGGUCUUGAUCUGUGAUGGUUGUCAGGUAUAUGAUUGCACUUACUUUUGUUAUUCGGAUGAUAUUAUGGGUCAGGGAAAGGAUAGUGCCUUAUAUGUCUGUGAGCUCUGCCAGAAACAUAGUAAGAGACGACAAAUGGAGGAUAACGGAUGUCCAAUAGAAUCAACUCCAGAUGAUAACUCUGAAGUUGUUGGUCUUGAAUCUUCUACCUUGUCUGAUUGUACGACAUUGCUUUCUAAAGUCCCCUGGAAACAUGAUUCCAGGUCUUCUAGACGUCUCCGAAUACUUUGCUUGCAUGGGUUUCGGCAGAAUGCCUCAAAUUUCAAGGGCAGAACAGCAUCAUUUGCCAAGAAACUAAAAAACAUUGCAGAGCUUGUUUUCGUUGAUGCACCCCAUGAGUUGCCCUUCAUUUAUCAAUCUCGUCAAGCCGAAACUUGCAACUCUUCACCAGUACAACAAAGUCCACCACCAGGGGAGAAGUGCAAGAAGAGGUAUGCUUGGUUGGUUGCACCCGAGUUCAUUGGAUCAAGGGGAACAGAUUGGGAGAUGGCGAGCGAAACAUUUGAUCCUCUACAGUACCAGCAACAAACUGGUGGUUUUGAUAUAUCACUAGCUUAUCUGGAGACUGUCUUCUCUCAGAAAGGGCCGUUUGAUGGGAUCCUGGGAUUCUCACAGGGAGCAGCGAUGGCUGCCGCAGUCUCUGCAGAGCGAGGAAAAAUGGCUGGUGAAAUUGAUUUCAGAUUUGUGAUUUUAUGCUCAGGAUUUGCUCUAAAUUUGUCUCAAGUCAAGCCAAGAUCAAUCAACUUCCCCUCUCUUCAUAUUUUUGGGAAUGGCAAAGGUAAAGAUAGACAGAUAGCAUGCCACACCAGCAAGGAGCUUGCUGGGUUAUUUGAGGAAGGCUGCUCAGUGAUCAUUGAACAUGAAUCAGGCCAUAUAAUUCCUACGCAGUCUCCUUAUAUUGACCAGAUCGAAGCUUUUCUUCAGCGUUUUGUCUGAUUCUUGCAGGGAUUUCAUUUGAUGUGCACCCGCCACAUCUUUGUUAUGUAAGUAAGCUGGACAUUAUUUUUGAGGCCUCGAGAACGGUAGCCUCAACACAUGAAACGUAACAAAUUUCCUGUUAUCAUAGUUGUGACGGUAGUUCAGGCAGGAUGUACAAGACACAAGUCUCUGGAUAUUUAUAUGAGGAUUUGUCCUUGCAAGAGUUUCAACAGAGUAUUACUCUUCUAGCUGCCGCAGGCAAAACAUGGGCCUGCACUGUGCAUACGAGGCUUUGAACCGGUUCUUCCUUGCCCAUGACAUUCGUCUCUCUGCAGCUCAGGAAGGGGGUGGUGGUUUGGGUUGGUUUGGGUUGAGUUCCUCGUACUUUUUAUGUAAUGUUAGUGCAUUUAAAAAACUGGGUAAUUUCAAGCCUCAAAUACAAAUCUUCCAAUCUUUUAAAGUAGGAACACACUGGGAUAAGCCAUUGAAGAAUUUUGUUCUGAUUCUAUUUUGAUUUUGAUCAAUUUCUUGUAUGCUUAUGGCAACCCUUCAAUACUGCGAGAAUAACAAAGAAGCAUGAUAUUGCAGGGUAUGAAGAAAAUUACAUAAAAAUUGAGGUACUAAA